AUGCCGCAGAUCCGGAAGCCGAGUCCCUGGGACCACGACGGUCGUACAAAAGUGGCCCGACGCCGCCAAGCUGAUCGAAGAUGCAUCUUCUUGGUAUUGGCUGUCAUUAUGGCGGCAGGGUUCUGGAGGAAAGCUGCUUGGCUGAUGCCAGCUUUUGCAUCUUUGCCAGCCACAGUGCUCGCGGGCUCAUCCUGUCACUUCAAUCCAUAUGAGCACCUGGGGAACCUGUCACCCUAUUGGAAGCCGGACAACACCCCGAGCUCUCUGCAAUCAGGGACGCCACCGGGGUGUUCCGUCGAGAAGGCAUUUCUUGUUCAUCGGCAUGGGUCGCGUAAUCCCCUCUCAGACGAGAUCGGUGCCAUUCGGAAUCUAUCUUACUACAUCAAUAACAACACAGACUUGUUCUCACAACCACAAACUGAGCUGCCGACUGAAUUCGCCUUCCUCACCAAAGGAUGGAACAGUACAUUCACGACGAAUGAUCUCUCGGCCAUAGGCCGUCAACAGUUGUUCGACCAUGGCGUCGCGCUCAGAUUACAAUAUCCGGACCUACACACGGACGUCGUCCUUGCCGGAGAUCAGGAUCGUGUUGUCGAAUCCGCUGUGUGGUUCAUGGAUGGCUAUUACGGACGCUCCGCAAAUGCAACAGCGACACUCAACCGCAUAGCGGAGGACGACGUGACAGUCUCGUGGAUCACGCCCAUGGACACCUGCGAGGGGUGGAAAUACAGUUUCGGCGGGUCCCUCGUAUCUCAGUGGGGUGUUGUAUACCUGCCUCCCUUGGCGAAGCGUAUCAACGAGGCUCUGAAACCUGCUUAUCCGACAGUCAACUUCAAUUCAAGUCUUGUUCAUGGAAUGCUCUACGCCUGUGCAUAUGGCACCGCAGUAUCUGGGCUCGAUUCGUCGCCUUGGUGCCCUGUCUUUCUGCCGGAAGAGAUUCUGCAGCAUGAAUAUGAAUACGAUCUUCUAAUGCGAGGGGCGUUUGGAUAUGGACUUCCAAACGGUAUGGGGCCAGUCAUCGGUAGUCUUCUCGUUUCCAACAUCACUGCCUUCCUCCAGAAUGAUUCAGGCCCCAACUUGUCUCUCAAUUUUGGUCACGACACAACCAUUGACCUUGGUCUCACCGCACUAGGGCUCGCAGCGGAUUCUGAGUAUCCAGCGGAAGGGCCAGUGAAUGCUACGCGUCUUUGGCGAACUGCGAAGCAAGUCCCUUUCGCUGCGCAGAUGCUCUGGAGAGGGCUUUCAUGCGAUGGCGAAAAGAGAAUACAGUUGCUCCUCAACGAGGCCAACUUCGAUUUAGGUCCUACAGGUUGUGAAAGUGACGACUAUGGAUCCUGCAGCUUAGCAGACUUUGUGGCUGCAGGUACGGUGCAGGCUGCUCUGAAUGUCACUCAUGGUGACGCGAGGUGGAACGCUGCUUGCUCUAUCUAG